AUGUCUGCGACCAAGAAGGUGAGUGGCGUCCGACGCAUCGGCGGUGCCGUUCAUCUCGGAUCUGACUACCUCGUGAUCCCCCUGCCGACCCCUCACCUCGUCCGGCUCGUCGCACGGUCGGUUCUCCUCGUCGCGGCCGUCUUCUCCUUCACCUGGAUCCGCACCGCCUUCCUUCGCUACGGCGACGAAGACCGCUCCUUCGAUGCCGGCGCUAGCUUCCCCCCGAACUUCAUAGACCUUCUGGGACGUCGCGGCCUGCUUCGAUCGGAGGACAAUGAUUUCUUCCUCCGCGACGCGAUUGCAAAAGCGGCGACAUCUGCCUUGGCGUUUCCCGCCGCGGCCGAAGAUUUCGAGCGCGCCGACCACGCGGCCUCCGCCUCUAUGGUGGCUACGCAAAAGAACUCCGAUGUCAAUUUAGGGCGAAGGCUGCGGCGGCUUUUGGCCGUUCCGGUGGCGAAGAAGGAGGCGCUGAGCAAGCUGGAAGAAGUUUUGUUGGAGCCUCCGGGCCCGGGGCGACGGGGAUGGAAGAGAAAGGCGAGGUACCUGCCGGAUCUCACCGGCGACUCGCUGGACGAGUACCCUCGGCGGGUGUUCGUGGAAGUGGUCCCAACCGGCGGAGCCGGCAGCGGCGCGGCGUGGUUCGAACGUAACUACCCGAUGAAGGGGCGCGCCUUCGAGGUCAUCCGCGUAGAGGUGGACGAGGAGGAGGAGGUGCCUGCGGAAAUGGAGUCGGAGGGAGGAAGGCCGUCGCUGGCGGAGUGGCUGGAAGGGAACGUCAAGGAGGAAGAGUACGUUGUGGUGAAGGCGGAGGCGGCGUCUGUGGAGGAGGUGGUGGCGGAAGGGGUGAUCGGGCUGGUGGACGAGCUGUUUUUGGAAUGCGACCACCAGAUGGGGGAGGGCGAGGAGAACGAGUGGAGAAAAGGUCGCCGGCGAGCAUACUGGGAGUGCCUGGCGCUCUACGGCAAACUGAGGGACGCCGGCGUGGCGGUUCACCAGUGGUGGAGUUUCUAAAUCUAGAAAAAAAAAAGGAAAAGAAAGAUGAAAGGCAGGAAAAGGAGGAGCUUGAUAUUACGAUUUAUUAUUUAUUUAUCCAUUUUAUUAUAUUAAUUAAAGAGGUUGCCA